AAUAACUCUACAACUGUCUCAUUUCCUCCCUCUAUCUCCCGAAAAUACUUUCACUGCCGGCCACCUCCACCUUGUUUCCUCCCUUUCCUCUCUCCAUCCACGGCCAACCCUCAUUUUCCCGGCGCCCCACUCCUUCCCUCCCCAACUAGCUCUCUCUCUCUCUCUCUCUCUCUCUCUUCUCUCUCUCUCUCUCUCUCUCUCUCUCUCUCUCUCUCUCUCUCUCUCUCUCUCUCUCUCUCGGAUUUUACGAAGGGUUUUCCCUGUAGACCGAUCGAGAUGAUGGUGGCGGGUUUGGAUUUCGUCGACGGUGUUGGCGUCAGCAAUUUUCAAGCGGCCGCUAGAUUCCAUCCGACAGACGAGGAGCUAAUUCUCUUCCAAUAAUAGGUGUAAUGUGGUAUUCAUUCGGCAAAACGAAAACAAGGAAACGUUGGAGGAAAAAAUGAAGAGAGAUCUGACUGGAGAUUGCGGAAGUGAUAGAGAGAG